AGGAAGGGCCGGCACGGCGCCGGGACAACGCAGGCGCGGGCGGCGGUGGCGGCGGCGUCGCGGUGCGGGCGGCCCAUGGCCGUGGGCGGCGGGCCACGAUGACCGACUACAGCGAGGAGCAGCGCAACGAGCUGGAGGCGCUGGAGUCCAUCUACCCGGACUCGUUCACGGUAUUGUCAGAGAAGCCAACAACUUUCACAAUCACUGUGACAUCUGAAGCUGGAGAAAAUGAUGAAACUGUCCAAACAACCCUUAAAUUUACCUAUAGAGAAAAAUACCCUGAUGAAACUCCACUAUAUGAAAUUGUCUCACGAGAGAAUCUUGAUGAUAAUGAUGCCAUGGACAUAAUAAAACUGCUAGAGCAGCAGGCAGAAGAAAAUUUAGGAAUGGUGAUGAUCUUCACUCUAGUCUCAGCAGUACAGGAGAAAUUAAAUGAAAUAGUGGAUCAAAUAAAAACACGAAGAGAAGAAGAGAAGAAACAGAAAGAAAGAGAAGCAGAGGAAGAAGAGAAGCAACGUUUUCAUGGCACUCCUGUUACCAUUGAGAAUUUCCUUAAUUGGAAAGCCAAAUUUGAUGCAGAGCUUCUAGAAAUAAAAAGGAAAAAAAUGAAAGAAGAAGAACAAGCGGGCAAAAAUAAGCUAAGUGGUAAACAGCUGUUUGAAAUGGAUCACAACCUCGACACCUCUGACAUCCAGUUCUUGGAGGAAGCUGGAAACAAUGUGGAGGUUGAUGAAUCUUUAUUCCAAGAAAUGGAUGAUUUAGAGUUGGAGGAUGAAGAGGAUGACCCUGACUACAACCCUGUUAAUUUAGAUAGUGAUUAGACUUACUUGAACUGAUUCUGUCAUCAAUAUGGACAUAUGUAAGAAGAGAGGGGCAGGCAAACUGAUUCUGUCAUCAAUAUGGACAUAUGUAAGAAGAGAGGGGCAGGCAGGAAAGCCACAGCAUCUGUGGUUUAAUAAUGUGUAUUGCUUUUCUUUUUUCUUUAUUUUUUUCCCAAAGAAAAAAAACAACAUAUUUUAAAUCCAGGAGACUGGUCUUCUGAUGACUUUCACUAUAAAUAAAUUUACUUUAAUAUUUCAGAUGAAAAAUUUGAGAAAUAUUGAUCUGUCUGAAAAUGCUUUUCUAUUUUCUCUAAUUUUUUUCUCCCUACUUCUGUAAUUGUCCUUGGAAGAGAUGUGGCAACAUGCACGAUGGAAAAAUGUUACAGCAAGCACUAAACACACCUGCAUCUGAAUGCUGAGCAGCUUUUCUGCUGUCUUCCACCUGGGAUAAACAUGGGCAGCUUUGGUGAAUAAAAGGGAUCACAUACUAUGCAGUUACUUUUUUUUUUGUUUGUUUCUUUUUCCUGUGGAAUUUUUUAAUAAUUCGAGUCAGUUCUGGUGCCCCAAUUUAUCAGCUGUAGAUAGACAGCACUAGUCACCUUUGUUGUAUAGCCUUAUUAAAGUCUAGUGGAAACCAUUUCAUAAAAUUACAAUGAAAUUUUUUGCCAUAGUCAUGAAUAAUAUUUUCAAAAUUGUGAGUUCAGGUCAGUAGGGGAAAAAAAUCAGAAUGUGAAGCCUCUUGAAGUUUGGUUGGUUUGUUCAGAGAGGAUUUGGGUUUUUUUGAAUGUGUGCCUCAAUGAACUUCUAUGAAAAAUCAAAACUCACCUUAGAAGAUUAGUUUGUUUUUGGGAACAGACUGUAUUGAAACACUAUGAGUGGAGUGCACAUUACAGCAGCAGGGUUUAGAGAAGUGCUCCAUAGGUUUGAAUGUAACUGCUGUAGUUUUAGAAGCAUCGUGUUGGCAGCCUGUAAAGGUUAGCACAGAAUGCAGUAAAGCUACACAUCAACCUGGGGAUGUUGCCCAUCCUUCAGAGCUGUUUCUGGAGCUAACAGCUGCUAGACUCCUCCCUUGUCACCUCCAAAAAGCCCAAACACUGCAAGAAUUGCAGUGUUUAAACAUGCUGUGUUUGAAACUGCAGCACUAGAAGGAUGGUGUCAAAAGACAGUUUUCCAAAUAGAGAGACGGGCACCUCAAUGAUUAAACACUGUGUGCUGACUUUUAAAUACUGUUAGUAGACUGCCUUAACUGCCAGCUUCAAUCUUUGAAGAGGGUUGCACUAAAGUAUCACAUUGCUUAGAGGAAUAAGAAAUUUAUGAAUUUUAGUAUUUGAAAAUUCCAUAGUGAAGAUGAGAAGUUUAAUUAUGGAAUUAAUUUAAUGGUUAUAAGAUUCUCUGCUCAUAUAGCUCGAGAACAUCUGUUUAAGAUGUCCUCCUUCAAUCUUUUUUUUUCCUUUAUUUCAUGCAAGGUAAAUGAAUUUCUAGUAGAUAGAAAUAAGUGUUCAAGUACCCUGUAAAUACUUUUAUAAAUUAACCAUGUGCCUUUGUUCCUACCAUCAACCCUUUGAUCUUUUUAAGUUUGGCUACUAAGAACUCUAGAUAAGCAUCUAGGUCUCAAUGAUAAUGUUUUAUGUUUCAAAGCAAUAAGCAGGAUCUGUGCUCCAACACAGUUACAUUAAAAAAAUUGUGAGGUAAUGUGAUAUUAAAUCUUUUCUAAAGAGACAGUUGGAUUGAAAACUUCAUAGUUACUACAUCCAGCUUCCUGUAUAAUUGCUAGGAUGCUUUAAAAUGCUCUUCAGCACUGAACUUAUUUCUGGUAUGUCUCAACUCAGCUGCAUAAAACCCCAUUUAAUUCCUAAGGCUGUUUUCCAUUUCCAGCUUUGUAUGUUUAAAACUGGUGUUUUUUCAUAAAAUGAGUGAAUUGGAGAUCUCUAAAUUUGGACCAAAUCCAAUAAUCCUGUGUAGUCUGUGGAAAUAUGGUAAUCAGAAAAUUUUCCAAGUGGAUCGCACAUAAGUCAUCUACAUAUUAAUUAUAUUUCUAGAAUAAUGAAAUUUUCUAGUCUGUUUUCACACUAACAUAUUUAUUGGUUUUCAUGCAGAGAAUAUAUAACUUAAAAAUGGUAAAAUUAUGUAAAACAAGUUAAAAUGUGAAAAUGUGUUUUUGCUGUUAAAUUUCAAAGCAGAGGAAAUAAUAAGGGCUGAAGUGACAAAGAAAUUGCAUAAAGUCUGUUCCUCCAGGUCUUUGGAAGAAGUUGCAGCGACUCAGUCUGAACUGCAGAUUUGUUUAGCUUUGUUAGCAAUUAACAUCUGUGAAAUAAAAAGGGAAUUUGAGAAUAA